AUAUACACACACAUAAGAAUUUUUUAUAGCGUUGUCGUCAUCGACAGUAAAGCCAUUUGUGCUUGUCGAUGAUUUUUUAUUUCGUGUUCCAUGGCAGCUUUGCUGGCGCAGCGCUUUAGUUUGCUUCGUGACUUUCAACGUUAUAAACGUAUUUUUCAAGCAAUAUCUGGAAAUAUAUAAGCUGCACACAUACACACACAUUUAUUUCUUUUUCGUGUAACAAUACGUAUUGGUCGUAUAUAUGUACUUAUAUAUGUGUGUAUUUGUGUAAAAACAAUAAAUUAGAAGGCAAUAACUGUGAAAGAAAAUAUAUAUCAAUCAUAAAAAUUAUUAGAGUUAUUAAAAACAAUAUUGAAAAUGUCAGAAUCAAUUUGUUAUAAAUGUAAGGAGGUAAUCACACAUCGCAUUAUUACUGCAUUGGGAAAGACAUGGCAUCCAGAACAUUUUGCCUGUAAAGAUUGUCAAUUUCCUAUUGAGGAGGCUACAUUUAAUAUUCAAGAUGGCGAACCGGUAUGUUCAAAGUGUUUUCUGAAUAAUUAUUCCGGAACGUGCCAUGGCUGUAAAAACCCCAUAUUAGAGCGUACAAUUAAGGCUCUGGGCCUUACGUGGCAUGAAGACUGCUUCUGCUGUGGGGGACCAUGUAACAAACCUUUGGUGGGAACAUCGUUUUACGAACGAGAAGGAAAGGCGUACUGCAAAAAUGACUUUGAAGCAUUGUUUGCCGCCAGAUGUGCCGGAUGUUUUAAGCCCAUCACAGAAAACGCGAUCGUUGCUUUAGAUGCUAAAUGGCACAGAGAUUGUUUUAAGUCUGGAAGUUUAUGUGCUCCCCAGAGUCGUAUUGUGGGUGGAGAUGAUGCUAUUUUGGGACAAAUACCGUAUCAAGCUGCUCUUUCUAUAGCUGGUUUACCAACCUGUGGCGCAGUAAUAAUUAGCGAACGCUACGCUUUGACAUCACUGCAAUGUGUUUGUUCUGCCGGAAGUGAUAAACCAUGGCCACCUCAAAUGUUUACGAUUACUGCCGGCACUACCGAUCUUUAUAAUGGAGGUUCACGUAUUGUUUUAGAAAAAAUUACUGUCAAUCCAAAUUAUAAUGAUCUUACAACGGGCAUAGCUCUAUUAAAACUUUCUCAACCUUUAAUAUUAAACGAUUACAUACAACCGAUUGCUUUGUCAAAAACUAUCCCUCCUGUCGGUGCUGAAAUAGAAAUUUCUGGUUGGGGUCGAACAAAACAUGGAGAAAAUGAUAUGUAUCGUACUCUUCAAAUUAAUGAUGCUAUUUUAAUUGAUGCCUCCGAAUGUUUUAGAACAAUAGGUAGUACCAAUGAUGAAGUUCUAUGUUUGGGGCAUACCCGAAAAAAUGGAAUAUGCCAGGGCGAUUUUGGUUCUCCCGCUGUUUACCAUAAUCAAUUGGUUGGAAUAGCGGCAUCUGUACUGGGUGAAUGUGGCAGUUUUUUACCUGAUGUGUUUACUAGUAUGGCUUUCAAUUAUAACUGGAUUAUGGAGCAAAUAAUGUAGAUUUAUAAUUGAUCUUUCUUAACUAAAUUCAUUUUUAGUAUAAAAUAAAUCUUUUAUUGCAAUUUUCUAUGAA